AUGAAGAAAUUAUCUUCGAUGUUUACUAUUUCCAGUAAAGUUCGAGGAAUUGCUAUUCUUACGGACAAUGAAAAAAAGUUAUUCAACAAAGAAAUCACUUUACCGGUCGUAAUUGUACCGCCGAAGGUUAUCGGUCAUCUAAUUGGGUGUAAGGAAAUAGCAGAUAGAACGCCUGUCAUAAAUAUUCCAAGACAAAGCGAAAAAGCUAUUGUAUUUAAUCCCGAAAAGAUGGAUGAAAAUACAAGAAAUGUUGUUUUGAACACUAUAGAAAACUUGACGGGUCUUACAGCCAAGUUUGAUUCUUACAAUAUAACCUUGAAUUAUGACGACUGGUCUGUAAAAUCAUGUAUUACUGCAAUUUUACCGGAAGGACUCGAAUUCGGCGGUUUCUCUCAAAUCGGUCAUAUUGUCCAUGUGAAUUUGCGAGAAGAGCUACUUUUUUAUAAAAAAGCUAUUGGGAAAAUACUUCUCGACAAAAUCAGCAGUUGUAAGACAGUUGUUAAUAAUUUGGAUGCAAUUUGGACAUAA